AUGAUUGCACCGUUAUACUCACGUAUACUUUCACGUUUUCCACAAAACUUUUCAUUUUGUUUUGCAUAUGGUUCUGGUGUUAAAAAGCAAUUAAAUGAUACCAAAAAAUCAACAGGAACUCAAAAUAUGAUCGAUUUAAUUUAUUGUGUUGAUAAUCCACAUCGAUGGCAUAAAGCUAACAUUCAGAUUAAUCCUAGUCAUUAUAGUAGUCUAAAAUAUUUAGGUCAUAGUUUUAUUGUACGCUUCCAAGAGAAAUUUGGAGCUAAAGUUUAUUUUAAUACGUUAGUGGAUAUUGAAGGUGUAACUAUUAAAUAUGGAGUGAUUUCCAAAAAAGAUUUAAUUACAGAUUUAUUAGAUUGGUGUGAUAUUUAUUUAGCUGGGCGAUUACAUAAACCCGUUGAAAUUAUAAAAUCUGCGUCAAAUGUUGAGCUACAAACUGCCUUGCAGCUAAAUAUUAAGUCAGCUGUUCAUGCAGCACUAUUAAUGUUACCUGAAUCAUUUUCUGAAUACGAGUUUUAUCAUACGGUAUCAAAUAUAAGUUAUGGUGGAGAUUUUCGGAUGACUUUUGGAGAAAACAAAAAUAAAGUCGAAAAUAUUGUAAAACCUCAAUUAAUUGGUUUCAGAAAUUUAUAUUUGCCGGUGGUAAAAACCAUGAAAGAAUAUGUCGAUUUCCCAAUAGUAACAGCUACAAAUACUGGAAUUAUAAUUCCAAAUGAUAAGAAUUUGUUACUUGAUGCCGACCCUCAAACUCCGAAAAAUGUGAAUGAUAAAAAAAGUAAUACGCAUUAUUUUAUAAAUUGUAGUCAAGAUGUACAUCCUUUAGCGAAAUUACACCAUUUAAACCAAUUACCAAAAUGUCCACAAAGGGCACUUGUACGAUAUUGGAAUAAAGGUACAGCCAAACAAGAUACUGAAGAUGUUUUAAGAGCUAUUGCAUACGAUCCCGACUGUAAUUAUGUUGUGAGAGAAAGUUUGAAGGAAAUUGUAUGGAAUUCCUCGGUGAGACAAAGUUUAAAAGGCAUUGCAACGGCUGGUAUCAAAAAGAGUGUUGUGUACAGUGGUAGAAAAAUUAUGAAAAUGAUGGCAGAAGAUAAUGCAAGACGAUUGACCCCUCGAUUAAUUACCCAAGUAGUCAAUAGAUUAUCAAAUCAAGUCAAAUAGUGGUGAUUGUAACUUUAUUUUGAAUUAAAUAUAUUUUUGAAAGUU